GCGGAACGGCCGUGUGGGGACGCGACGCAGUGAAGUGGAGAUGCUAGUGACCCAUACAAGGGUACCCGAGCAAAGUUAAGCUACAAAUUUACUUAAAUGAAAGUCUGCAGUAGAUCAAAUCUAUAAGGAAAGUAUAAUUUCUGACGCGUCAACAAAGUAUAUAGUGCGGCCAUUUCCGGAUACACUAUAUAUGCAAACUUGAGUCUAGAGCGAGAUUCCACAGCACAGCUGAAGCUAGCUAAUGUUAGCCUUCAAGCUAAAUUCAAGGAGCCACUGCGUGAAGCCCCGGGAAACAUUUCUUUUCUUUUCUUUUUUGGACCGGACGAAGACUUGUGCUUAAGUUUAUUAGGUCCCCGACUGCAUAUGGCGACUCUAUACAAAGCACUAGCUGCUAGUUAGUUUGGUAACAACAGCAUCUAGUUAAACAGCUAACGCAGCCUGCCUUCCGCCGACUUGCACUUCCCCCACUCUCACAGCACAGCAGCCGGCUAGUCCCGGUACACAAAAUGAAGCAACCCUCAGCAUUUCUGGACGCUGUGUGGCUCACGGGAUUUUGCUGAUGCAUGAGGAGGCUAUAUCGUUUUUAUAAGAUCUCUGUAAAAGAGGUCAAAAUCAGAGCGGGGAAUGGACGAGCAGAAGUCGAACUGCGAAGAAAAUGACUCUGAACCAACAGCUGAUGACAAUGCCUCUGCAAAUCAGCCCAUUUCUCCCAAUGAGUCGUCCAAGGCCUCUUGUGCGAUUGAGGAUGAGUCUGGUGUUACUGCAGCUCCUUCYAGCACACCUAUAGAGAGUGCUCGUGCCUGUGCGCUCUGUAAUUGUGUGGAACGGAGCUUGCAUGGACAGCGGGAACUGCGACACUUUAGGUCGUCUUCUCAGCGGCCAYCUCUCAAGCCAUCAGCUUUCCCACUGCCAGAGCCUGGAAAUGAUGACCUGUCUUCCAUUGGGUUUUCUGACUCUUCUUGUCUGACGGCACUCUUUGAUGACUCAGGGGGUUGUUGGGUUCACCACUGGUGUGCAGUGUGGUCAGACGAGGUAAAGCAAACAGAGGAUGAAGAGCUGGAGAAUGUGGAUAAGGCUGUUAUCUCAGGGACACAGCGACUUUGUGAUUAUUGCAAAAGGCUGGGGGCAACCAUACGAUGCCACAUAGAGGACUGUUCAAGAUUCUACCACUUCCCGUGUUCGGCAGCCAGUGGAUCCUUCCAGUCCAUGAAGCAGUUGGUUCUUCUCUGUCCAGAGCACAUAGACAAGGCAGAGGAGCUGGCUGGAGAGGAGGCUUGGUGUGCAGUGUGUGACUCUGUUGGGGAGCUCACAGAAUUGCUUUUCUGCACGGGCUGUGGCCUACAUUAUCAUGCGACCUGUCUGGAAAUUGGUGCCACACCUAUUCAACGAGCAGGAUGGCAGUGUCCCGAGUGCAAAGUGUGCCAGACUUGCAGACAACCAGGGGAAGACUCCAAAAUGUUGGUUUGUGAUGCUUGUGAUAAGGGAUACCACACCUUCUGUCUUCAGCCAGCCAUGGACUCUCUUCCAUCUGACCCAUGGAAAUGCAGAAGAUGUCGUGUGUGUUUGGAGUGCGGUGCCCGUGGUUUGGUGCUACCAGGUUCAGCCCAGUGGUUUGAUAACUACAGCGUAUGUGAGAGAUGUCAGCAUCAACGGAGCUCGGUGUGUUGUGUGUGCAGCAAAGCUGCCAACCCAUCUGUUGGACUUCAUUGUUGCAGCAUCUGCCGCAGAUGGAUGCACAGCGAAUGUGCGUCAUCGGGGGAGUUUCCUGAAGCCAAGGUUAUUUGCUUGCUUUGUAAAGAGGAUCAGCAACAGCCUGUCAGUCAAACAGAAGAGCUGCAGACUGGAGAGGAGAUGACGAUCCAAGCAAAGGCGGACACUUUCACAGAAAAACGAGCAGAUUUAUCAGACGUGUCAUCUGAACAGAAAAGCUCACCAGGGGUUAUUGUUGCUCAUAAUAAACCUGAAAAAGAGACACCUAUGGACUUAGAGGUGGAGUCUUCAGCUCACAUAACUGCUUGGAAAACAACCAUGGAGUCACAGAUCUCAGCAGAACGGUUUACUUCUGAAAUGCCAGCUGCUCGUCGUCUUGUGUCUACAGCAGACACACCAGAGGCCCUCUCUGCAAUGGAUAUGGAGGAGCAGUUACUUCCUCACUCUGAUGAUGAGGAAGAAGAAGAAGAGGAAGAUGAUUAUGAACAAAUUAAAGGACAUAAUGUGGACAUAAAGCARGAACUUAAGCCAGAAUUUCUGCUGGAUGAAAUGUCCAAUAUGAGCCACGGCGAUGAAAGCAGCAGUGGCUUCCUUGGCUCUCCGGGAGAACCUGAUCCUCAGCUCUCCAUGGAGUUUGGACUCAUACCAGCUGGCCACUCACACACAGAUAACCUCACGGAGACAGACGACUCGCUUCCCUUUGAACCCCUCAGAAGUGACAGAGAGAAGGCAAAGCGUAGGGGAUCCCCGGGACGCUCAAGAAUCAAACAGGGGCGGAGCAGUAGUUUUCCUGGAAAGCGCAGGCCUCGAGGAGGAGGUGGUGGGGGGAGAGGGCGUGGUGGGAGGUCACGACUCAAAGCCAUGGCUUCUUGCAUCGAUGCCUUUUUGCUAAGCAUGACCUUAGACACUGGGGUAAAUAAGGAGGAAGACGAUGAUGAAGAUGACACCAUGCAGAACACGGUGGUUCUUUUCUCAAACACUGAUAAAUUUGUCCUGCUGCAGGAUAUGUGUGUCGUGUGUGGCAGUUUUGGAAAGGGGGUAGAGGGACAGUUGCUGGCUUGUGCUCAGUGUGCCCAGUGUUACCAUCCUUACUGUGUGAGCAGCAAAAUUACAAAGACGAAGCUUCGUAAGGGCUGGCGAUGUUUGGAGUGUAUUGUAUGUGAAGUGUGUGGAAAGGCAUCAGACCCCUCUCGUCUGCUGCUGUGCGAUGACUGCGAUGUCAGCUAUCAUACCUACUGCCUGGACCCACCCCUGCACACUGUACCAAAGGGUGGCUGGAAGUGCAAAUGGUGUGUGUGCUGUGUUCAGUGUGGUUCCAGCUCCCCAGGCUUCCACUGCGAGUGGCAGAACAACUACACACAUUGUGGCCCUUGUGCUAGCCUCGUCACCUGUCCAGUGUGCCGAGAAAACUUCAUGGAAGAAGAGCUGCUGCUGCAGUGUCAGUACUGUGAUCGGUGGGUUCAUGCUGUCUGUGAGAGCCUGUACACAGAGGAUGAGGUGGAACAAGCUUCUGAUGAAGGCUUUGCAUGCACAUCUUGUUCCCCAUAUGUUCCAAAACCUGUUGUAGUAGAGUCAGCCAUUAUGGCGUCAAUAAAGAUCAAAGAGCCAGAGCCCCAGUUCUACAGACUGGAGGGUGUGUGGUUAACAGAGUCGGGGAUGUCCCUGCUCCGUAGCAUCUCCAUGUCUCCUUUGCACAAGAGGCGGCAAAGGCGAUCCCGUCUUGGCACUCUGUGCUGUGAUGGAGGUCCUGAUGGAAUGGAUAUGAGAGAGGUUGACGGAGAAGGAGAGGAGGGAAAAGGCUGCGGGGAACCAAUGGAUUGCGACACCAAAUUGGAGCCACCAGGGAGCCCCGAUCGAGAAGGUGGUGAGAGGGAAGCAGGUGCAGAAGGAGGUGCUGAAGGCGUGGCUGACUGUGAGGGACUUAAAGGUGGGGCAGAAGAGACGGAUGACAGCAAGAAAAGGAAGCGGAAACCCUACAGACCUGGGAUUGGGGGCUUCAUGGUGCGACAAAGGAAAUGUCACACUCGGAUGAAGAAAGAAUUCUUUGCUCAGCUGGCUGGAGAAACUACAUUAGACGGGCAGCCGAUCGAGCGAACCAUUGAAGAAGGUCCUCACCCAGACACAGAUAAUAUAAUGGAUCCCAAACCAUCUGAAGGUGAGGAACAGGCCAAAAAGAGGCGAGGCCGAAAGAAGAGCAAACUUGAGGACAUGUUUCCAGCGUAUCUUCAGGAGGCUUUUUUUGGGAAGACAUUAAUAGACUUGAGUAAGAAAUCUGUGAUGACAGCCCCAGGACAGAGGACCGGUCCAUGCCUUGUUCGACCUUUGUUACCAACUGGAGUCAGGGUUAACCCAGAGACUGAUGGCAAGGAUCGGGUUGUGGAGGGUAAUUUUCCUUUCAAGCAAGAGGUGGGUGAAGCCCCCAAGGCUCAGGGAGAUGGUGCAGGAAUUCCUGCAUCAUCCUCAUUGGCAAAGGACCAGAUGUCAGAUUAUCCCAAUGACUCAGAGGCAGAAAAAAGUGAAGGUCUUCCACAGGGAGUGGAGAGUCAGGAUUCUGAGCAGUUCUUCAGGAAGGUUCUUGGAGUGCAAGAUGGCUCCCCUUUAGGCGGCAUGAAGCCAAUCUUGGAGGCCAAUAAGGGAGAACCAAAUCCCAGCUCAGUGCCACAGAGACCUCUUCUGUCAGGACCCCUGCCCUCCACUGGAAUGAUGGAAACCUUUCCUGCUCUCUCUCAGUCACCCUUCUUUGAUAUGCGUGAUAGAGGAGGACUGUUUAGUCCAGACGGGGGUGAGGAGAGUCCAUGGGCCACACCUUCUACCCCAGCAACCCCUUCCUCCCCACCCACCCCCACAGAGACAGAAGGUGAUGGGCUGUCCUACAACCAGCGCAGUCUGCAGCGCUGGGAAAAGGACGAGGAGCUGGGAGAGCUCUCAACCAUUUCCCCUGUUCUUUAUGCCAAUACCAACUUCCCAACUCUUAAACAGGACUACCCAGACUGGUCAAGUCGCUGUAAACAAAUAAUGAAAAUCUGGAGGAAGGUGUCUGCUGCAGACAAGGUUCCAUAUCUGCAAAAGGCCAAAGAUAACCGAGCCGCUCAGAGGAUUAACAAGGCACAGAAGCAGGCAGAGAGUCAGGUCUGCAGGCCAAUCAAAACAGAACCUAGCCGUCCUAAAGGAGAACGGCCGAACUUGCAUCUUCAGAUUCCGCCACCUUCUACAUCAAUUUCUUCCUAUCCAAGUUCAGCAGACAGUUCAUUCUCCUACCCUCCAGACUCUGGAUCAUCUUCUGUAUUUUUCCCAGAUGGACCUAUGAAGACACCAUUGUCAGCUGACAGCAGGACAGAUCCUUUGGCCAAACUUCCAUCUCAAUCACCCCAUUCUCACUCACAUCCAACCAUGCCCUUCUCUCAUGCUGGGGCCAGUUCUUUACAGGCCUCUUCCUCAGGUUAUUCUGCUUCCGGCCCACAGGGUCCUCCUCAGGGACGGCCAGACAGUCUUGGCCCUUUCGACAUGCAACCAGGAACUCCUGGAACCCCCAGACGAGCUCAGCAGGUUGACCCCUACUUCAGAUCACAACUGCAGCAGCAACAGGGUCAUCACUUACAAACACAGCAAAGCUCUCAUGAGUCCUUAGGACCUCCUGAAAGUCCCAGUUCAAGAGGUCCUGGGCUUGCGGAGUCACCCAUCUUUUCACCACCCCACAGUGCUCACCAUGGAGACCCAUUCAGAACUCAGCAGGGAAUGGGACGGUCAGAACAUGGUUCAUCUUCAUCACCUGCUGCAGUGGCCUCCUCACCUGCAAGUGCAGGGCAGUACAGGGCUGAAAUAAGUGCACCUUCUUUGUGCUCUUCUACUGGAAGGCCUGAACUUUCCACUGGCUCUCCUGCUGGAAUGGAUUCUGGGGACGGUUUGUUCAAGGCACCCAUGACCCCUCGUAUGCACCAAGGGGAGAGUGGAGGGGUCCACCCUGGAGCCUCCCCCAGUCAUCCAUCUGAAAGCUACAGGCAGUCUCCUUCCCACACUUUUUCUGACCCUCAUACUCAUCCAUCACUAACUCCCAGGCCACAAUCAGGUGACAGUUGCACUCUUGGAACUCAGAGACAAAUUGUAGUGCAACAAGAACAGGGACCUAGAGUCCCCUCUAGUCCACAGUCCCAGUGCAGCUCUCAGUCUCCUCACACUCCUGGUGGUGUGUCUAAUGAUCCAUAUUCUGUACAGUCUCCUGCUACCCCUCGUUUCCAAUCUCCAGACCCUUGUUCUAAGCCACCUUCAAGGCCACAGUCUAGAGACCCAUUUGCUACUAUCCACAAUCCCCCUUGCACUCCCUCUUUUCCACCAGAGGGAGCUGGAAGCUGCAACAAAACCUCCCCUCCUUCCAACCAGCCACCUCCAACCCAUCCUAGUAACAGUUCUACAGGGGAUCCAACUUCUGGUAAACCCUCCUUCAUUCGCAGCCCCAGUACAGGAUCUUCUCUGAACAGUCAACAGCAGACUCAAAUGGCAAAGGGUCAACCUCAGCAAUCACAGCCACAAUCUCAAGGGGCAGACAAUCUCAGCUCCAGGGUUCCACCUACUUCUGGAUCCCAAGAACUACCAGCUGUUCAUCCUCCAGACUUGCUUCAUCAGCCAGCUUUAACCGGCACUCAAGAAAUGUCUGACCUAUCAGCAGUGCAGGACCCUUCGUUAGUAGGGCUUAGUCCAUCUGAGCUGGAGAAACACAAACAGCGCCAGAAACUAAGGGAGUUCAUAAUCAGACAACAAAAGCAGAAAAACUCAAUCAGACAAGAGAAGGAGGCAGCUGCAGCCGCUGCGGCUGCUGCUUCUGCUGCAGGAAAUGCCUCCCCUGGCUGGUCUGGAGGAGAGAUGACAGCCUUUCAACAGGAUAAGACCCACAGGGCACCACCACCUUAUCCACAGGAUCGUGUUGUCCCUGCUACCUCUGAAGCUCAGGUUUCUAUGGCUGGGAAUCUGCCUGUGGUAGUAGGAGGCAUGGAUGACAAGCUUAUUCGCCCACCGCCUACAGGAACAUCUGCCAUUGUGGAUGCUGGUGGACUAAGGAUGCCAGGGCCCCCGAGGCCUCAUGGCAUGUUUAAUCGGCCCCCGUUCCCUCCCCAAUGGCAAAACCAGGCUCAGAGUCAAAGGAGGCUGCCCCAGCCUGGGAUGGAAGGAUUGGGCAUAAGGCACAAUCUUAACUCUGCUGUCAACAUUCAAGGUAUAGAAAGCAUGGGUAACCCUCACAACCUUAUGCCAGGACAUGGAGGAGAGACCAUGCAGCCACUGGGUCAGGGACCUCCACCACAGUUCAUUGAAUUGAGACACAACUCACAAAGACCAUCCCUACGACCACAGUUCAUGCCUCGAGGACCCCAGCCGAGGCCACGCCUCUUUGUUUCACCACAAGAAAUGGCUGCACCUUACUUACAGCAGCAUCCCAUUGCUCAAGCUGGGAGUAUUCAAACAGAAGGAGCCAAUGACUCAACGCUAGGGUUACCACAAGGUGGUCUUCCAGUUUUACUGCCUCAGCAGACUACAGGAUCUGUAUCACAACAGCCUUGUUUGCAGCCUCAAGCAGCUACUUCCAGUUCAAGCACUCAGAGUACUGAGCAGCAUCGACUUGCACAACCAGGUGUAAUGGCAGAGCCUCAGGCUGCAACUGCAGGGAGCCGGGAGGAAAUGCCAGAGCAUGACCUUGAAGGGCUAGGUAAUGCUCCCGGGGAUGGAGGCGUGGAGGAUGAGGAUGAUCUGGCUCUGGACUUAGAUCCUGACAAAGGCGAYGAUGACUUGGGGAACCUGGGCAACCUUGAAACUAACGAUCCACAUCUAGACGACUUGCUUAAUAGUGAUGAAUUUGACCUGCUGGCUUACACUGACCCCGAACUGGACCAAGGUGACCCUAAGGAUGUCUUUUCAGACCAGCUGCGGCGAGUAGAAGCAGAAAGCGAAGCACCUUCAUCUCUCCAUGGAUCUGUCCAUGUUAAAGUGGAAGAAAAAGCCAAAGUUGAUCUUAGACAAAACUCUUUAGCAACAGUUUCAACUGCUACAAGAGAAUCUGCUCCCCAGCUGCCACCCACCUCAAAUACUGCUGCAGCUUCCAAAGUUAAAGUCGAGGGCAAAGGUCAAACCCCUCAGCUGCAGUCAGAACACACUGAGGUUAAAAAUGAAAUGGGUGAGGCUGUAUCAAUGUUGCUUGGAACAUCAACGGCCAAGCUAGCACAAACUGAAAAUCAGUCAGCCUCGCUCAGUUCUGUUCGAUUAGGAGGACUGUCGUACCCCUUACCAGGCCAAGAUGAUCGUUUUCCUCCAGGUGCCCCACGUGAAGAUAUCAGUGAUGAUCCACUGGGACUGCCCGAUGUUGGGGGCCAGCACUCCCCUGCAGUAGAUUUGGCAAAGGUAGAGAGCUCCUUAGACGGUGAAUUGCCACUUCUCAUUCAAGAUCUUCUGGAGCAUGAAAAGAAGGAACUACAGAAACAGCAACAGAUGAGUUCACUUCAACAAGGAGCCAUGCCUUCACACUUUCCUGGUAUUCCAAGCCAACAUCCAAACUUGCAGGCAUCGGGACAGCUGAUGCUGCAACAUCAGCAUCGUCCUCCAGCCCCGGGAAUGAUGGCUCAACCGGGAAUGGUACCCCGUGCUCCCCACAUGCUGCAGCAGCAACAAAGGCUUAUGGGACCUGGUAUGGUACCUCAGCCUCACAUGACUAUGUCCCAGCAGCAGGCUGUGAUUCGAGCAGGACAGCCAGGAAUGCACACAGGUCUUGGUCAUCCACCGCAACAAGUUGUUAAACAGUCACCACUGGCCAACAGCUUCUUCCCAGAUAAAGAUUUGGACAAAUUUGCUGCAGACGACAUUAUGGAUCCAAUUGCCAAGGCAAAGAUGGUAGCUCUCAAGGGUAUUAAAAGAGUGUUGGCGCAGGAUCCAAUGGGUGUUCCAUCUGGCAUUAACAGGCAACAAGUUUCUCUGCUUGCUCAGCGGCUGGCCUCUGCCCCUGGCACAGAUUCAGCUCAGGUUACAUCUGGGCCACUAAAGGAGGGAGAAACGGCUGAUCCUACCCAGUCAAGACCCAACCCACCACAAUUUGUGCAGGGAAUAAUCAAUGAUGCAGAACAGCAUCAAUACGAAGAAUGGCUUCUACAUACCCAGCAGUUACUUCAAAUGCAGUUAAAAUUUUUAGAAGAACAGAUUGGAGUUCACAGAAAAUCACGCAAAGCGUUGUGUGCUAAACAACGCACUGCUAAAAAAGCUGGCAGAGAGUUUGCUGAGGCAGAUGCAGAGAAACUGAAGUUGGUAACUGAGGAGCAAAGUAAAAUUCAGAAACAACUUGACCAGGUGCGCAAGCAACAGAAGGAGCACACAAAUCUUAUUGCAGAGUACAGAAGCAAACAACAGCAGCAUCAACAAAGCUCAGGUAUUCUUACCCCGGGUCAUUCUGCACAGGGGGGGCCCCCAAACAUGUUUCCCAAAAUGCCUGGCCAGAUGAUGAUGGGCCAACAGGGAGCACCAGUAAUGGGCCAGCACCCUGGCAUGAUGCACCAAGUGGGAAUGCCUUUAAGAAUGCCCCAAGGACAGCCCUUCAUGGGUGGGCCGCAUUUGCAGGUUCCUUCAGCUCUUGGAGCCAAUGGGGCAAGGGCGCCAGGUCCGCCAGGGCCUCAACCUGGAUUUUUCCCCCAGGGUCCUGGAAUGCAAGGGGCAGACCCAAGGCUUCUUCAAGAAAGACAACUUCACAGAAUGCAGAUGGCAAAACUACAGCAGCAGCAAGUGAUGAUGGGGCAGCAACCAAUGCCACACCCAAAUCAACAGACUGGUUUAAUAGCUCAGCCGCAGGCUGGGAUGAUGGGAAAUCAGCUUAUGGCACAACAGCAAGCAAACACUCAGCAAGGAAUGACUGCUAAUCAAGCUAAUCCACAGGGCAUGGUGCAGGUCCCACAAGGAAUGGUUGUAGGUCAGUCGGUGGCUCCAUCACAGCAGAAUCUUGCAGCAGGCCAGCCUUUUAAUCAUUCACAGGCCAUGAUGGCGGCUCAGCCAGGAUUGAUUGGGAACCAGUCGUUACAGCAACAGAGGCCACAGUUGAUCAUGGGUCCGCAAGGUGUGGUUGGAUCUCCAGGUCACCCAGCACCCAGGGGACCCCAGGGUCAGUUAAUUCCACAACAACAGAACAUUCUUGCCCAACGCAUACUUGUAUCUCAGCAGCAAAUGACGCAGAUCAGUCAGUCGAACCAAGAUCAAGGAGGGCAUUCCCAGCCCUCUACCCCACAUAUGGGUUCCUCUCCCUCAGCAGGAAGUAAUACACCCCAACCACAGGCAUCUACUGACAGCCAAAACUCAGGAUUCAAAGAGGGGGGAAUUCUAAGCCCUGAUUCAAGGACUCCACCACAGCAUAGUGGACCUUCCACUCCCAGUCAUAUGCCCCAGCAAGGCUCUGUAAAUGAUCAUCAGUCUGACCUGGAACGACAGCAAUUACAACAACARCAGCAGCAACAGCAACAACAACAACAACAAACUCAAAAUCAGAUGUAUAUAACCCAACACCACAAUUCAAAUCCUCAGUCUGUUUAUGAACAACAAACAAGUUUGACUGGAAACCAACAAGCUGGUGCCUCUUUGCAGCAGCAACAACAUCAGCUUCCACAAAGACAGGGCUCCCUCAGUGCUGAAAAACCCAGUUUGAUGACUAUAAAAGAAGAGGUGAACUCGGUCGACUUAUUAGCUAAACCACAGCAAACUACUCAGAAUGCCACACAGCAGGUUCUAGAUCCCACCAUGCAGCAGCAGGUCAUGAGUCAGAAUCGUCCCGGCCAACCACAGCCUGUCCCAAUGGGCUUUACUUCGCAGCAGCAAGCCCUCAUGGUCCAGCAGCACAAACAGGCAAUGAUCAGAGCUCAGCAGCAAGCGAUGAUGGCACAGAGAGCCAAUGUCCCACCUGGACCGAUCCGCACUUCUAUCAACUUUCAAGCAAUUAUUGCUCAGAAUCCUCAGCUCCGCAAUCUUCCCCAAAACCAACAGAUACAGCACAUUCAGGCUAUAAUAGCACAGAGACAACUCCAUCAUGGGCAAAUGCUGCGAAUGCCUGUUGGCCAAGGCCAACCGGGUCAGUUGAGACAACAAGCCCCACAGGGUGGGCAGCAGAUGAUGGGAAUGGAGGGCCAUCAGAUGCCUUACGGAGGCAUGGGAAAACCAGGAGUUGUGGCCAGUCAUCAACAAUCAGCCAUGUUUAGUCAGCAACCUGGUGGUGUUCCUCAGAUACAGCAAGGUAUGAUGGUCCCUGGUCAGCCCCAACCGGGGGAAAUGAUGCAGCAGCAUAUGAAUAGGAGCCAGUUACCAAUGCCACACUCACCAAUGGAACAGAAUCGUAUGGUAAGGCCAGCUUCUCCACGCCAGCCAUUAGUCCACUCUCCGGGGGAUCCACAGCGACACAUGUUUAAUCAAUCUAUGCGUCCUUCCACUCCCAACCUGAAUAAACAACAAGCACUAAUGGUAGCUCCAUCAGGUCGGGUUCAGGGCUCUCCAUCCCAUGCAUACUCUCCAAGAGGUCCUUUUGGAAUGAGCCCAGCCCACCCACCCUCACCCUACUCAUCUCAUGUCUCCUCACCUUCUGUAGCUGACUGUAGAGGUGGGAAGGGCAGUCCCUACAGCCAAAUUAGAGCAUCUCCACUCAGGUCGCCUGGGGCAAAGAGCCCACUUGAUUAUCCAGGGCUGAAAGUAGAAACUCAGCUGUCAGGCAGCGAAGCAUCUCAGACAGUGUCAAUUACCCCUAAUGGGCCACAGAAAGGGCUGCUUGUUCAGCAAGAAGGACAAAACAUCACAGAAAGUAAUGUUCACACGCAACAGGGUGAGCUGUUCAAGACGGUGCAGAACAUUAAACAAGAACCGAAGGAGGUUCAGUGUGACAGUGCAUCAGAAGCUAACCCUGGAGCUCUGAAGCAAGAAACAACGGGUGAAACAGUUACAUGCGGGAGCAACUCCAGCWUUUCUAAUGCUGGGUUAGGGUCAGAGCCCCUUGGUCCUAGAUCUGAGACUGGACAACAGCUGCUGCAGAAACUCCUUAAAACCAAGAACAUUCAGCUUAAUGCUCAGAGGCCCUCUGAAGGCAUCCACAAUGAGAUCAAUGGUCACAUCAACAGUAAAUUGGCCAUGCUUGAGCAAAAGCUGCAAGGGACUCCGAGAAAUAUGGAGGAUUUACAGUCUUUAACUAAAAGGGCUCCUGUACAAAAGCCAAAGCGCAUAAAUAAACCAAGUGGUGACAAAGGGCCAAAUUCACGGAAGAAAAAUAAAAAGGAAGAGGUUGGCAAAAGUGCUGAAUCCUUCAUAAAACAACUCAAACAGGGUCUGUCUCUGCUACCGUUGAUGGAGCCUUCAAUCACUGCCAGCCUGGAUCUAUUUGCUCCUUUUGGAAGCAGCCCAUCCAAUGGCAAAGGACAGUUGAAAGGCUCAUUUGGAAAUGCGGUGCUGGACAAUAUCCCAGACUACUAUUCUCAGCUACUUACUAAGAGUAACCUCAGUAACCCUCCAACACCUCCAUCCUCCCUACCACCUACUCCACCACCAUCAGUACAGCAUAAGCUGCUGAAUGGUGUGACUCCUGGAGAGGACCUUUCUGGGGGCCAGAAGGACACAAAACCAUCAGAAGAACCAAUAGAUUCUGUUAAAGAGGAAGUGAAGAGUGUAGAUCUACUAGCAGCCCUCCCUACUCCACCACAUAACCACAAUGAGGAUAUCAGGAUGGAGAGUGACGAGGACGAUGCUCAAGAAAGCAUCAUCCCAGCGUCAUCCCCUGAGAGCAGUGUAGGAGACGCAACACCACGUUUUCCUAAUCUCCGGGAGCCCAAAGAGGAGGAUACAGAGAGAGCAAUAUCMCCCAUCAUACCUCUGAUACCUCGCACUGCUAUACCAGCAUUUCCAGAAAAUAAGCCAGUUGAAGCAUCUGAUGAGAAAGCUGUUGCCACAUCCAACCACUGGGACAAGACCAACAGCAAUGAGGUGUCUGUUACUUUCACAGUGUCUCCUGCUGCUGCCAAGAAACUCAAUCAUGUKAUGAUGGCAAUGGCCCAACUGCUCAACAUUAGGAUGCCAAAUGCUUAUGAGGUCACGUUUCCUCCCCAAAAUUCUGACCUGCCUGGAGUGGAUGGGCCUGGGAAAAGACACGGACAGUCAGGGCCUUUGUGCAGUAAGGACGGUGCCUCGCCCAGUCAGGAUGAGUGGCUGAGACAGUUUGAUGUUUCUCUCCCUGGUUGUACUCUAAAGAAACAAGUGGACAUUUUGGCACUUAUUAAACAGGAAUUCCCAGAGAAUGAUGACAAACCAGUGCAGCACUGUUACACAACCAACGUAAAUGAUUUGGAUGUUCGCCACCUUCCUGUUAUACCAGUGGAGGAAUCUCCACCCCCAUCACCUUCUCUUCCACAGCCUUUACCAGUCAUAGUUAGUGAGGCUGAAUCUUCCAAAAAGUCAUCUCCAACACCCCCUCCCUUCAGUCCCACUGGUGUCCAGAUCAAAACUGAACCUGAGCAGCAUGUUGUUUCUCCUCCUGAUGCUUCUCAGCCAGCCAACAUCACAGAGUCUGAAGCUCCUGCUGCUCUGGAAGGAAUUAGUGAACCAGCAGCUGCUUCUGCACAGUCUGAGCCCAUUGAGCCUGCAGAGGGUCAUCAAAGUCCUGCUGUCAAAGAGGAGCCAGCUCAACCUCCCAUAGAUUCUCCCAGCAUUAUGGAGUCUUCCCCUAAAGCGGUCAAGCAGCGCAGACCUCUCUCGCCUGACGAGGAGGUGGUACACCCCAAAAUGAAAAAGUGGAAGGGGAUCCGCUGGAAGCGUCUUCAGAUAGUCAUCUCAAUACGAAAGGGUGGCUCAAAAAAGGAGAGCAGCCGGGAGGUGUCUGAGCUGAUGGACACUCUGCGCAUCACUCUUCGACCUGAAAAGCUGCCUCGGGAUAAACGCAAAUGCUGCUUCUGCCACGAGGAAGGUGACGGAGCCACAGACGGCCCCGCCCGUCUGCUCAACAUCGACGUGGACCUGUGGGUGCACCUUAAUUGCGCUUUGUGGUCCACAGAAGUGUAUGAGACUCAGGGGGGCGCCCUGAUCAACGUGGAGGUGGCCCUGCGUCGUGGACUGCGAACGCUUUGCGCGUACUGCCAGAAAACCGGCGCCACGAACAGCUGCAACAGACUACGCUGCCCAAACGUCUACCACUUUGCCUGCGCCAUCCGAGCGCGCUGCAUGUUCUUCAAGGAUAAGACCAUGCUCUGCACCCAGCACAAACUGAAGGGCCCAAGUGACGACGAGCUCAGCACGUUUGCCGUUUUACGCCGGGUUUACAUCGAGCGCGACGAGGUGAAGCAGAUCGCCAGCAUCUUGCAGCGAGGCGACCGCAUCCACCUGUUCCGUGUCGGUGGUCUCAUCUUUCACGCUAUUGGCCAGUUGCUACCUUCCCAAAUGACCAACUUUCACUCGCCCACUGCCAUUUUCCCUGUCGGCUAUGAAGCCACGCGCAUUUACUGGAGCACACGCGUGCCCAACAAGCGGUGCCGCUACCGCUGUCGCAUCAGUGAGGAUGAAAGUCGCCCGCUGUUCGAGGUGCGUGUUCUGGAGCAGGGAUUAGAGGACUUGCAGUAUCGGGACUCAACUCCAGAGGGGAUCUGGGACCGAAUUGUGCAGCAGGUGGCUAAACUUCGAGAGGAAUCAUUCAUGUUGAAGCUGUUCACUGAACAUGUUAAGGGAGAGGAGAUGUACGGCCUCACUGUUCAUGCUGUCAUGCGGAUCACGGAAUCGUUACCUGGAGUGGAGAACUGUCAGAACUACCAGUUCCGAUACGGCCGUCACCCUCUGAUGGAGCUCCCUCUCAUGAUAAAUCCAACUGGCUGCGCUCGCUCUGAGCCAAAGGUUCCUACUCAGUGCAAGAGGCCUCAUACUCUAAACAGCACCAGCGUGUCAAAGGCCUACCAGAGCACCUUCACCGGAGAGCUCAACACACCCUACAGCAAGCAGUUUGUCCACUCCAAGUCCUCUCAGUACCGCCGUCUGAAGACCGAGUGGAAGAACAACGUUUACCUCGCACGAUCUCGCAUUCAAGGGUUAGGSCUGUACGCGGCAAAGGACCUGGAGAAGCACACCAUGGUCAUCGAGUACAUCGGGACUGUUAUUCGCAACGAGGUGGCCAAUCGGCGUGAGAAGAUCUAUGAGUCGCAGAACCGUGGGAUCUACAUGUUCCGCAUCAACAACGAGCAGGUGAUUGAUGCCACUCUGACAGGCGGCCCCGCUCGAUAUGUCAACCACUCAUGUGCCCCCAACUGUGUCGCUGAGGUUGUAACAUUUGACAAAGAAGACAAGAUUAUCAUCAUUUCCAGCCGCAGGAUCCCUAAGGGAGAAGAGCUGACUUACGACUACCAGUUUGAUUUUGAAGACGAUCAGCACAAGAUCCCCUGCCACUGCGGAGCCUGGAAUUGUCGAAAGUGGAUGAACUGAACCAGGAAUAAAGGAUGACCGGAGCGUUGCCCUCACUUGUACCAGAACACUCUCGCGCCAAAGCCUUUGAAUCCUACAUCGCCAGUGCAUAAGCUGUUCUGAAAGACAUGGAGGAAGACUGUCCUCUGCUAUCGAAAGACUAAAGUGUUGACCCCCGUAGCCAAAGGUCUGAAAAGCAUUAAUCAGUUUAAAACUGACCACCUUCCAUCAACAGCAGUUUGAUAGUGGGGGUCCGUCUCUGAUGUUUGGACUUGUAAAUCUUUCUUUCUUYGGUCAACCCCACCCCCUUCACCUCCCCUCGACGAGCCUGCUCUCAGUGAGCCUGCAGUGGCUGGAAAACAAUCCUCAACAUCAACCAAAUGAUUCUGACCCUCUGACAAUAGUACUUAUAGUGCAGAGCUCCCCUGGAGCUUCAACAAAAAGCCAUGCUUAAAUACUAAGAUUGAACUAAGGAUGAAAUUUUAUUUUAUUUUAUUUUAUUUUAUUUUAUUUUAUUUUGGACUAAUUUUCUGUCAUACCUGGCCACCGCCCCACCUCCCAGACAAGGCACUUUCCCUUCAAGUGACUCAUGACAAUAACACGACUAUUGGCUAGCUAGACAAUCUUGACAUUCUGUGUUGCAUCAGUUGAUGGGUGGCGAGGGUGGAAAUAAAAACAAACACAUAAGUAAAAAUACAAAAAAUAAAAAUAAAAAAUUGUAGAUUCUAUCCAUCUGCAGCUCUAGAGGCACCAGAUGCUCCUGACUGUCCCAAGGUGGGUUAGUUUUGACCCGGUCUACCUCACUGAUUUAAAGUGACUGCUUUGUAGAAAAACAAAAACCAACCAAAAAAAAAAAAAA